AUGUCCCGGAGGACGCUGGGUGGAGGUCGUGUCCUGGGCACCGCGAACGCUCUCUCUCCAGCGGCCGCUUCACUUCCGUCUCCGCAACCAAAGCCAAGGGUUCUGUCGCCCUCCGCCAGCAGCCUUUCUCUCAGUUCGCAAGCUUCCGCUUCCCAGUUCUCAGCAGAGACUCAAGACCUUACCUCGCGCAUCUCUCUCGAGAAUGGCGAUACCUCUAUUUCCGCAGCCCCGGCGGCUGCCGGAGCUCAGCUUGCCUGUCCGAUUUGUAGUGAGGAGAUGGUGACGCUGCUACAACUAAAUAGGCAUCUCGAUGACGUACAUCAAAAUCUAGAAGACGAUCGACAAGAUGAAGUCAAGGACUGGUUCAAAGUUCAGAUGGAUAAGGCAAAACGUUUCCAACCCCUGGCAGUCCUGAAUCAGAAACUGAAAGGACUCGACGUUUUCGAGUCGAACGAAAAUCUCCAGCCCCCCGCAGUCACCGCCAGUAGUAGUCGAUCCUCUGCAGGAGCCCCAACACCUGCCAUCGACGCCCCGAGACCGGUGGACCCUGAAGAUGUGAUAACAAAGGAUCACUGGCAAAUUCGGGGCAUGUACGAUACUUGUUUGGAGCCAUCUUGUGGACAACGACUUAACGCCACCAAUGGCUGCGUUAACUGUCGGAAAUGCGGGAAGUUAUUCUGUGAGGAGCAUACAAUGUAUCAGAUGAAAUUGUCUCGAUCUGCGCAACAUGAACCCGUAAGAGGCAUGUGGUUCAGGGUCUGCGAGACUUGUUAUAAAUCACGGGAGGGAUAUAAUGACCACAAUGGUCUAAUAAGAAAUCGAUUCGAUGAUUUCAAGGCUGUGAGGAAGCCAAUGGUUGAUAAAGCUACAUUAGAGGUUUCUCGGUUGGAGAAGCGUUUGACACGGCUUACCCAACUGUUGGCUAACUUGCCCCUGGAGCAAAUCCAGUCGGGUGGCAGCAAAUUAUGGUCAAUUCCAUGGCAAAGUGAUCAGCGAAAGUCCCUUGAACAAACAAUCGUCAGCUGGCAAGAUGACUCCACUGUUUCUAGAUGUCCAUUUUGCCAGCAAGACUUUACUGGCUACACUUUUCGAAGACAUCAUUGCAGAACUUGCGGGCGAGUUGUAUGCGGUGAUCAAGUGACGGCAUGCUCUAGCGAAGUUCCCUUGAGCAUUGCGCCCUUAUCAAGGGCGCCUGCAGAGAAGUCUGCCAGUACCGGUGUAAUUAACAUCGAUGUCAGGCUGUGUAAAGAGUGCAGAGCAACGUUGUUUGAUCGACGAGAUUUGGAAGCAGAUCUCAUGCGAAAACCUCCGGACCUGAAAGCAUAUGAGAACUUGACGCAAUUCGAAAGGGGCAUCCGGCUCCUGAUGCCUAAGUUUCAGAAGCUAUUGACAGCUCUGCAAGACACAAGACGACCGCCAUCAGGUGCUCAAAUAGCCGAAGCAUCAAAGGUCCGCAAGCGACUUACAGAUUCCUUUGCCCAAUACGAUGUCGCUGCAAGGCGCAUUCGUGACCUCCCAACAAAUUCUCUGACGCAACAGCUCCUUCAGAAGGCGAUCUACCAACAGGCCACCAAUUUCCUCCAUCUACAUAUGCUUCCUUUGAAAUCUCUGCCUAAGAUUCUCAGGCAAGCAACAGCCAACGGACGGCUUCCCAGUGGCACUAGCUCCCCUAACCCCAAUACCCCUCAUAUAAACAGCCCACCAAGUGGUCUACGACCACAGGAAUCCGCCCUUGCAUCUAUAAAGUAUGGAAGAACUGCUGCUAGCGGAAGCAACGCCAGUCUAGCAAGUGAUAAUAGCAGUGCCAUUUCCGCGAUGGAAGCAGAGGAGAAGUCUCUUCGAGAACGACUCAUUGUGCUGGAGGAACAAAAGUUUUUUGUUUCCGAAAUGAUUGCUGACGCAAAUCGUCGCCGUAAGUUCGACGAAGUGAGCAGUCUUGCAAUGAACGUUGAGGAUCUCAGUCGUGAGAUAGACCGUGUCAAUGGCAUGCUGGAUGGGUUGGAUUUUGAGGGCGUUUACACGAGUGGUCAACCGACGCACACCUAG